AUGGAUUCGGAUGAUCAAGUCACAAAACGUGUACUAGGGAAUAUUCAACCUACACCUGCAGAGGUUGUACUUUUACAUACAUCUCUUAGUGGUAUACGUCGCCACUUUUUUGCCUCUUUAAGAGCUAAACAAUUUUUGGAUGUGAAAGGCGUUGUAUACUAUCAAAUAGAUGCUAAUAGAGAUUUUUCUUCAGCUGCAAAUCUUGGAGAUGCACAACUUUUUGAUAAAUUAAAAGCAGAUGGCCUUUUAAAACUAGAUCCUCUUGCUUCAGAUGGUACAAUCCUAAUGCCACAAAUUUUUGUAGAUGGUGUCUUUAUUGGUGAUGAUAUAGCUAUUCAAGAUUUAGAAGAGGAUAAUGACUUUGAUUGGAUUAUUAGUCGUAAAGCAUGUGGAGCAUGUUUAUCAGAUAAGGAUGAAGAUGCUCAAAUUUGUCCAAAUUGUAAUCAAGCCUUUAAAACCUUAGUACCUCCAGAAUUAAUUUAUUCUGGAUCUGUUCAACAAAUAUAUCGUGGUUGUAAUACAGGAACUCAAGAAGGAACUGUUUUUGAACAUCCUACAUUUUUUACUAGAAAUAGUGUAGUUCUUGAAAAUCAAUUACAAUCUAAUGGAGAUGAUAUAUAUGGAGAUACAGAUAUUGGAUUAGAAGAUACACCUAAUAUUGUAGAAUCUGUUUCUACUAGUUCAAAAGGUAAUAUGAUUGCAAAUAAAUUAAAUUCAGAAAAUGAUCCUAAUGAAGAUUUAGAAGAAAAUAAGGAUGAGGACAAUAAUUCUAGACUUGUCUCAAAUAAUAGUGAAGUAGAUCUAAGUACAUUAUAUUAG